AACUGCCACGGAACUAUGACCGCAGAAAAGAAUGCAGAUUUUUUUCUUCCGCUCAUGAAGUACAUAAUGAACAUGAGCGAGGACGACCCGCGCCGGAUGGAGGAGAUCCGCAAGUACGCCGCCAUUUACGGACGCUUCGACUGUAAGCGGAAACCGGAGAAACCGCUAACCUUGCACGAGGUGUCCGUCAACGAGGCUGCGGCACAGAUUUGCAAGUACAUGCCGGCUCUGCUGACGCGCCGCGACGAGUUGUUCCCACUCGCCCCGGCGUCGUGGUGACUCGGGAUACCAGUACUCCAAGGGCCAUUCCAGGUCCCAGACUGUGGUCGGCCGCGAGGAGGAGCCCAGGACUAAAAGGUCAAGGUCAGAUUCAGGUCAUGACACAGGUGACCUCAAGAACGACCUCCAGUGGAAAAAGAGACAGGAGCGCCUCGAGGCCAUCAGCGAGGAGCUGAGACACAUGAGCGAGCGCGCCGAGGAGGUCAGGACUUCGCUCACCUCGGGCAGCGGCGACGUGUCGGCGCUCACCUCCCAGAUGGACGCCCUCCAGACGCGCCACGCGCAGCUCACCCUCGAACAGAACGAGCUCCUCAAGGCCCAGCGCAAGGCGAAGAGCGACCGGGUGUCCGUGUGCAGCGAAGACCGGGAGAGAGGCGAAGACUCGGACUCCCAGUUCUCCUACAGCGGUGCUAGUUCUCCCUCUCAGUCGUACCUACAGCAGCUGGUCCAGGACACCUUAGUGGACGAAGGUCUACGUGUGGUCAAGGAGUCCCUAAACCAACAGAAGGAUGCUGUCUCAGCCGUUGUGUCACGUGCUCAAGAUGGUUCCUACCCUCGGCCCCCGCAGCAGCAGCAGGGGCAGCAAGCAGGGCAGCAGCAGCAGCCAGCAGCAGCAGAACCAGCAGAGCGGGCCACAGACCGAGAACAACGCUGUGGGAGGGGCGAAGCAGCACAACUCUACGGGCGGCGCCCAGAACGCGACGGUGUCCUCCGCCAACGCCACGCCCGGAAGGCUCGUGUCGCCGCCCACCACAUACGCCGACAUGUUCUCUUACCCCGAGAGUAAGGUGCUGUCGUCGUCGCAGGGGAACAUCAUCGCCGUGGCCAACCCGGCGCUGUCCAUGUCGGCGGCCAUGGCGUCCACCCAGAUGAGCGACGAGGAGCGCCACAUCUCCGCGCUGUACACGCUCAGCCAGACCGUGG